UCCAAGAUUCACCACGGAAGCUGAGUUGAGAAAUGUUGCGAUAGAGUUUCAAAGUAUGAUCGUUUAUAAUCGGAAAGCUAAGGGUUUCGAACGAAGAGGUACAUUUGAACAACAUCUGAUUAAACUGGUGGAAAUCACGGAGGGAUGACAACAGUGCUGGUAUGGUUGAUUGCUACAGAUAAGAUCCCACUAUGAAGUGUCUGCUGAUAGCCAGCGAGAGCGCUGAGGUCCUCUUCUAUUGGACAGACCCAGAGUUUGAACUCAACAUCCAGGAGCAGUAUGGCGCGUCACAGGAAGAGGGGGAGAAGCCACCAGCAUUUGAGGACAGCAUCAACACUCUGUUUGCCCCCAUCAUCAUCUCCUGCAGUACCAUGGUGGACAGACUGGGAGACAGCUAUACAUCCUUUAGUACUGAGAACAAUCACACCUAUGUGCUACAUCAGUUUGAGGAGUGUCUGUACAUCGCUGUGAACGGAGACAGAGAAGAGGGCGAGGAGGAUCUGAAGAGGAAGAUUUACGUGAUGAAGAAGAUGAUUGAGGUCCUCUUCGGCAUGGUUACCCUCAGCAGCACCCUGAUCAGGAAAGAGCUGCGUCCUCAGGACACAGAGCAGAGGACCAAUCUAUGGAAAUAUCUACAGAAUCUCCUGGAGACCUACAGCCGCCUCCAAGAGCAGGACCAGAGCUUUUUAGUAGAGGCAGUAGAGAGGUUGAUCCAUCCUACUCUAUGUGAACAGUGUAUAGAGUUUCUGGAGCGUCGCUUGGUGCAGCAGAUCAACAGUAGUGUGGAGAGAGCAGGAGAGGAGGUCCUCCAUGCAUUCAUACUGGUGCACACCAAACUACUAGCCUUCUAUUCCAGUCGUAACGCUAGUACCCUCACCUCGUCUGACCUGCUGGCUCUUAUCGUCAUGGUGCAGAACAUGUAUCCUAGCAACAUCGACCUGGAGGAUACUGCCCCCGAGGAUGUGGAGAACACCUCAGCCCCAGAUAUAUUCUACACUCCAGAGCCUUCCCCUACUAAUAGGGACUCUGGGACUGACAGGGACUCUGUUAAUUCAGGCAGGCAUGAGGAGAGCAGGCAUGAGGAGAGCAGGCAUGAAGAGAGCUGUCAUGAAGAGAGCUAUCAUGAAGAGAGCUGUCACGAAGAGAGCUGUCAUGUGGGGAGCGGUACUCCUGUGUUCCAGUUUUUGGAUCCAGACAUUCAGAUGGCAGAGGACAGUCUCCAGACCCUGGAAGCUCCUCCCCCUGACCCCUCAAACCCUAGCAGAGUCUUCCUAGAGGUCACGCUGAAGGAGGGCUGCUAUCCCAUGAUGCCUCAUUCCAUGUACUGUCUGCCACUCUGGCCGGGCAUCACUCUGGUGCUGCUCACUAAGAUACCUAACAGUAACCUGGCCAUGUCAGUCUAUGUGUUCCUGGAGGCAUUUGCUAAGUUGGAGAAGCGUCUGAGUGAAGGUCUGGAGGGGUCAGCGGCCCGCGGACAGACGUCCAUACAGGACCUCCGCAACAAACUGGACAAGUUCAUUAGGGCAUUGGGAACCUCAGACAUACAGACGUCCCAGCUACAGAGUGUGUGGACAGAGUUUAAGAGCCGCGCAUUCACCAGAGGAGGACCUGGCUUCAGCAAGGACCUGGUCCCCUGGUGUCGUACUAUGAAGAGCCAGCUGUGUGGAGUCUACAGACAAUGUUUCAUCACAGAGAACACAGUUGGAGGAGGGAAUCCACAGCGUCUAUCACCCAGUCUACAGGACAGAGCUCUCACCAUGGUGCAGGAGAAGUUGAUGGAUUGGAAAGACUUCCUGUUGGUGAAGAGUAAGAGAAACAUCACCAUGGUGUCGUACCUUGAGGAGUUCCCGGGCCUGAUCCAUUUCAUCUACGUCGACCGCACCGCUGGUCAGAUGAUCGCUCCAUCUCUCAACAUCACGGACCGCGCAACCUCUGAGCUAGGAAAGGGGCCACUGGCUCACUUCAUAAAGGGCAAGGUAUGGGGCCUGGUUAAUACAUCGAGGAUUUACCUACAGAAGGGUUAUUCCACUGUCACUCUGAGAGAUGGAGACUACUUCUUCUGCUACUUCCUCUGGUUUGAAAACGAAACGGGCUACAAGCUGGAAGUAAAGGACCUGCCAAUACUGCCCAAUGACUCCGCCCCCAUCGGAAUGCUGGCCUGGGACUACUACAGGAAGCUGUUGCGCUACUACAGUAAGAGCCACCAGGGGGAGGUGGUGAAGUGUUAUGAGCUGCUGACAGUCCAUCUAGGAGUCAUCCCAACAGAGUACAUACUACAACACUGUAGUCAAUUAGCACGCAAACUCUGGGAGCCCUCACGUAUACCCCUACUGUAGGAGACACACACACACAUAGAUCACUGAUUGUACAAAACAUUAUGUACACCUGCUCUUUCUAUGACAUUAACUGACCAGGUGAAAGGUAUGAUAUCUUAUUGAUGUCACUUGU